AUGUCAUCAACCCUACCUUCGUUCGCACCAUUUCCCGAGGCCCCUUGGAGGGACCAUAUCGUUCCAGUCGAGUGGGAAGCCUGUCUCUCAACUUGGCUCGCCCUCACCGAAGCGUAUCUGUCUCUAUCGGAGAAGGACCUCUCACGCCACAUAAAAGAGGACGAGUCGAUUGCAUCAUUUCAACGAUCGUUUGCUAGUGAAGUAGCUGCUUCUGGAACGACUAUUCUCGGAUCCUCUCGAACAGCCUCUCUUCUUUUACGCCAGUGUUUCGCCUUAUGCUUGAGGCUAUUGCAGCUAUCGUCAACCCCGUCUCAGUUACUAACGUGGGAUUUCCUCUCCGACUUCGGCCGGGUCUAUGGUAAAAAGAAAGCAGGAACGACUAUUCAAGCCUCAUCUCAAACACCACAAGCCGAGACUUCUUUGCAAGGCCUCAAGAAGUCAUUAAUACAAGCUCUUGAUGAUGGCAUUAAGGGAGAUCUGAAGUCCGUUGAAACACGCCUGAAGAGGCUGAACCACCUUAUUCACAUAUCACCUCAUGUGGCUGCCUUCUUUCUGGCCGGGAGUGACUUCCUCGAUGGUCUUAUCAGCUGCUUCAAAGUCAUGAACCCUCCGCUAAGGAAGGCUAUUAUCACUACAACCUACCUUUGUCUUAUUGGCCUUACAGAGGGCGAUUCUCCCAAACAUUCCAUGCUCACUGAUCAACUAUACUCUCUAAAAACUGCGGCUGAUGCUCAUAAAGCUGGUCCUCUCAAUGCUAACGACUCCAUGGUCGCUGAGCUGGUAACAGUAACGCCAAUCCUGAAACAGGUUCGAUACCGCCUCGAGCACUCGGAUACGGGACUUACUCGUACCAAAUCAGUCAUCGCUGCUUUAGAGGGGUAUCGAAAACCCGGUGUUAUUGCUCGACCAAAGCGUCCAAUCAAGUGGAAGGUCGAUAAGGGUAAAGGGGUCAUGACAGAAGACCAAGAAGACAUACAAGGGGAAAUACACGUGCAUCGAAUGAGCCAAAUCUCUCAGAUACAAGAUCUAUUCCCCGAUUUGGGAUCAAAAUUCGUCUCACAACUGCUUGAUGAGUUUGGGGAUAAUACAGAACAAGUCAUAGCACAUUUACUUGAGGAUUCACUACCGCCUCAUUUGGCUGGAGCUGAUCGCACCAAAGAGCUAUCCCCUGAGCGUACUCGCAGGAAAAGUCAUGAUAUCGCUCCCCGGUCCACACCUCCUCAAGUCCCUACACGCCAUAACGUGUUCGAUGACGAUGAGUUGGAUCAAUUGGCCGUAGAUACUUCAAGACUUCAUUUCGGGAAACGCAACCCUGGGCGCACUACAGAUGACAUUCUCAAUGACCGCGCUUCUGCCCCUAAAAGGGCUGCUAUUCUUUCCGCGCUUUCAGCCUUCGAUGCCGACGACGACGAGAGGGACGAUACGUAUGACGCCGUUGAUGCGGGUUUCGUUGUGAAUGAUGGCCACCCAGAAGAUGCCGAUGAACAGAAGCGAAAAGACAUUAACGAAGAAGCACUAUUCCGAGCUUAUCAGACCAAUCCUAAGUCGUUUGACAAGGGCGCAGAAACGAGACGUAGCAACGCACAAAUCAAAUUGAAGCAGGCGACGGGUAUGACGGACGAAGCUAUCGAAGGCUGGGCCGUCAUGCUCACUCGGACACCUCACCAAAUGAAGCAACUGGAGGCGAAGUAUAGCGGUUUCGGCGGAAGCCAGCCAGUUCUAGAAUCAACAGCGUGGCGCGCCCCGUCACACGUAGAAGAUUCCGAAGGCGACGGCAGCGGCGAUGGUACGAGCUCCCGGGGAUCACAUGAUCGUGGACGCGGCCGGGGCAGAGGACGAGGAAGAGGCGGUGGUGGCCGUGGAGGGAACGUUGCAGGACCUACGGGCGACAAAGACACCGAAAACGCUAGGAAACGAAAGGAAGCGAACAAGGGCUCUAGAGCAAACCAUAACCGCCGCGACCAACGCGCUAGAAAGAUGGGUCGAGGGGGAUUUCCAGGCUGA